CUGAAACCAGCUCGAAAGUCGAAGCUGAAACUGACAAACGAACAAACCCGCCACCAGCGCCGCCGUGGCGCCGUCUACCUCAACUGCGGCAACCUUCUCCUACUAGGCCACUACCUUCCCCCGGUCCUGCUUCCCGCACGACCUCAACACCGGCAGGAUGCGAUAGAUCCGUGGGUGUCGAAUAACGCGCGUCGCAAUGACCCCUGUCAAUGGCCCGAAAUCCGCCGCCGCGCUCUACUCCUCCCUGCUCCAGAGCUGCAUCGGAUCCAACGCCUUCCGGCAAGGCAAGUCCGUGCACCACCGGACAGUCAUCGCGCCCUCCGCCUCGCCGCCGGACCUCCACCUCAGCACCAAGCUCGUUAUCUUCUACUACCACUUCGGCGACGUCGCGGCCGCCCGCAGUGUGUUCGACGGGAUGCCGCACCGGAGCGUGGUGUCCUGGACGGCCAUGGUCUCCGCGUACGCCAAGAACGGGCGGCCCCGGGAGGCGCUGAAGCUGUUCGCGCUCAUGCUGCGGUCCGGCACCCGGCCGAACCAGUUCACGUUCGGGAGCGCUGCCAGCGCGUGCGCGGGUGCCCGGUGCCCGGUGCCCGCGGAGCGGGGAGCAGGUGCACGCGUGCGCGGCCAAAGGGAGGUUCGCGGGGGACAUGUUUGUGCAGAGCGCGCUCAUGGAUGUGCACCUGCGGUGCGGGUUGGUGGCGGAUGCGAGUCGGCUGUUUGCGGAGAUGGAGAGGAAGGACGUGGUGUCUUGGAAUGCCCUCAUCAGGGGGUUUGUGGAGCGCAGUCAUUACAGUGA